AUUACCUCGUCCCCCCUCUUCUUUACAUUCGUUCUGUUUUACACAUUUUUUUGUAAGACGAAUUCAGGCCGACAAUACCUGUACGACACACGAAACAUCGCAAGAAUUCCACCAUAGCCGAAGAAAGUUGUUAAAACCAACCUCUUCGACUAUUCUAUACACAUCUUGCAGAGUUCCCAACUCUCGCUUUUCUCACCAAGACAUACACACACCACCUUCACACACACACACACACACAGACCAGCAAUGGUCUCAACAUACCAGAUGCCGGCCUUCUACCGGUCGAAUCACCUAUCCGUUGACACCACCCAUGCGCAAAAGUACUUCGAUGAAGAGGACAGCAACAUCCUCGAUGAGAACAUCCUAGACAGUAACGCAAUGGAUUCGGGUCUGGAAUUGUCGCCUCCCAUGACCGGUGGCAGAAGGGAUUCGUUCACUGUACCCGGCUCGAUAUUCUCCCCGAAGACGGAAGUGGGCGAUUGGCAAUCCGUCGACAUGCAGUCGGUCCCGUCAAACAACCCCUUCUUAGAGCCUCAGAACAACAACCCGUUUACGAGGGCUGACCCGCAAGCUAUAUACGGCUCGCAAAAUCAGCAAUGGCAAAUGGGUCAAGGUUCUGGUACAUGCACGCCCUUACAGUAUGACGGUCUUGAUAAUGCAUUCGACAACAACCAGUCCAUCUUCCAGCAGCGGCCUCUACAGAUGCAAACACCCUUCAGCAAUCCCGCUCACCAGGUACCGCUCUUCGCUACAGUUGGCCCUAACAACCCUCCUUUGCCGAACUCGCCGCAGAAGGAUUGGAUGGGUCAAGACUUGAAGAACCCCUCGUUAGUCAAGCGCAUGCGACCGGAUACCCCUACCAUCCGAUCGCACAACGAGCUGCGUCGCGGAGAUGGCAUCCGAAAGAAGAAUGCCAGGUUUGACAUUCCCGCGGAGCGCAAUCUCGGCAACAUCGACCAGCUUAUUGCAGCGACUACUGACGAGCAGGAAAUCAAGGAACUGAAGCAACAGAAGCGAUUACUUCGCAACCGGCAAGCCGCGCUGGACUCGAGGCAAAGGAAAAAGAUGCACACGGAGAGGUUAGAGGAUGAGAAGAAGCACUUCACCAGCCUCAUCAGCUCGAUGGAAGAGGAGAUGAGCGAGCUUCACAUCAAGCUAGAUCAGGAGAGGCGUGAAAGGGAGUACUUGGUGGCCCACGUCGAGAACUUGACCUUGGAAAAGGAAGAGUUGAUUCGAAACCACACCAUCGAGACCGGCGACUUGCGCAAGAAGAUCAGCGUCCUGACCGACCACGUCCAGAGGCUCGAGCACGCCGCUAUCCCCAGCAACACCGGUUACUCCAACGGGUACACCGACAUGGACAGCCUUACUAUGGAUACUACUUGGGAAAACAUGGGUUUCAUGAACGAGUUCCAGAUGGAGGCCGAGGUGAAGCAAGAGCUCCAGAUGGUCCCUCAGAAGAAGGCCGAAGUCCAACUCUCAUCGGAUGGCGAGAAGUCGACGACGCAAGGUGGUCUGUUGUUCAUGCUCUUCCUCGUUGGCGCAUUUGUCAUUUCCAACAGGUCGGCCCCAUCAACUAUUCCCCGCGUAUCAGAGGAUGUUCGCGAAGCUUCAACAACGCUUCUCAACAACAUCUUCAAGGACGCAGGCGUCCCCAACGCCGAGAGCGCCAUCGUACCUGCGGCUCCCCAGCCGUCUGGUGCGGAUUGGACGUCGAGCGCUUCGGUACCGAUGGCCAGUGGCGCCAUGGAUGGCGUUGCGCCAUCUAUGCUUGGUGACCUAGCGGAUUCUCUUACCCAGCCGACGCAAGAGCAGACGAACGAGCAAAUCUUCUCGCUCACACCGGCACAAUAUAACAGUGUGACGUCGCAAGAUUUCCUUCGAACCGCACCGACGCGAUCGACGGGUCAGAACCGCCGGAACCUCGCCGAGGCGCUAAGCAAUUUGCGCCACGGCGAGAAGCAUUCCGCGGCCGAAGUAUAUACGCGAUCAUUGCUAUGGGAUCAGAUUCCGGGAGACGUUGUGAGGAACUUCGCCAAGAUGGUGGCCGAGUGCAACAACGCGAACGGAGGUCAGAACGGCAACGACGUAAGCUCAUAACGAUUCACGACAUUAACGACAUGAUAACGAAAAGAACGAAUUUCUACUACUAUACGGCUCCGAGUCAGCGAUCAUUUCUUUUUUUUUUUUUUUUUUUUUUCUCUUUUCAUUUACCUUGUUCAUACAAUUUUACACCGCGCUCUCGCGCACCAAAAUUCAGAUUCGACGGUGCUCACGCACACCGAAACGACCUACGACGCAUCUUCAUCAUCAUCUACUAUAUCAUCAUCUACAUCUCAUCGACAUCAUCGUCAUCGUCAUCGCCACCAUCUACUUUGUCUAUCUCGAAUCGAUCUUACUCAUCAACAAAUUCAAUCUUAUUGUUUAUUUUGUGUCGAAAUUUAGCAAGCGAGCCAGCAUUCUGAUUUAAUUUAACCUUCGUCUAUCCCAUUAUUGACAUAACUUGGUUAUUGUUUAUUUUUUAUCUACCAAAUCUUCUCUCUCUCUUUUUUUUUCUCCGAUAUAUUCACAUCG